CUGAGUUUCCAGUGCUAUCCUCCUACAAGAGAGACAAGCAGCCCUGCAGUCGGGCAUGGGCCAGGGCGGACCUGGUCCUUCCCAAAUUUUCAUUCGCCCUCAACUCUCCCAAAGGUUUUUCUGCCACCCCGCCCCCACCCCCGAUGUGUUCCAGGGCUCAAAAUAUAUUUAUCUCGCGCACCCUGGUUAGCUGAAGAAAGUUCUGGCCUAAUACAGCCGGCUGCAAUUUGAAUUUUUCCUCCAAUCUAUUACCAAAGGCACGAUGUUGUUAAUGUUUGUCUUCCCUGGAGAUGAAGAUGAUUGAUCUCCAUUCUUAUUGUAGAGCAACUGAGGAAAGGGAGCUUUCCCCAGAAGAGCUGGAUGAACUGCUAGAUGCCUUCAAGGAGUUUGACACUGAUCAGGACGGCUACAUCAGUUACAAGGACCUGGGAGAGUGCAUGAGGACCAUGGGCUACAUGCCCACUGAGAUGGAGCUUAUCGAGAUUUCCCAGCACAUCAAAAUGCGCAUGGGAGGGCGCAUAGACUUUGAAGAUUUUGUAGAGAUGAUGGGCCCAAAGCUGCGUGAGGAGACGGCUCACAUGGUGGGCGUGAGGGAGCUGAAAAUUGCCUUCCGUGAGUUUGACACAGAUGGAGAUGGAGCAAUCAGUGGGGCAGAGCUGCACCAUGCAGUGGCUGCCCUAUUGGGGGAGCAACUCAAGGCCCAGGAAGUGGAUGAGAUCCUGCAGGACGUUGACCUCAAUGGGGACGGAAGAGUGGACUUUGAUGAGUUUGUGAUGAUGCUGUCAUCCCGGUAACGGAAUCCUGUAGGAAGCAUCCCCUCUGACAUCAUUAUUGUCAGUAGCCGGAGGGAACUGGCUGCUCUCUGAUGGCUCAAUCUCCUGGAGAAAGUGAGGCAUCACCUACAGAAGGAUGAAGUCUCUCCCUGAAGCCCUGGAUCCUUCAUAGGCUUCAUGGAAAGCCAUUGUACUCCCACCUGCCUGUCUGACUCCACUUCACUGGGCAAGGUACCUCAAGGGCAGCUGCCAGCUACAUCCAAGGGGAAAUAUCCUACACUGAGGCAAACUAGAGAAUCCACCUACAGUUUCUUCUCUUCUUAACUGGAAGCACCCAGCAGCCCACAUUAGCAUGGCUGAGCCUAGGAAAUUCUCCCCAAGUAUGGAAAAUCAUCCCAAGCAUGGAUCAGUUCUGAAGGCAGGGUGAUUCUGCAGUACCCAGACUUCCGGAACCAUCUUAGGCUUCAUCCAUCCCCGCCACCCCCAGAAUUGUUGGAGGUUCUCACUUGAAGUAAUGAGUAGUCAGUGCAAAAGUUAACAUUUAACUUAUGCUGGGUAUGUUGAGUUCCUGAUGAACUCAAUGAAGAAUCUUUAUCUAGGACAAAACUGAUAAAUGAAUGAAAGGCUACAGGGGUUUUAAGAUGAAAUGGAGGGAAAGGAACCUAUGGUUCUAUCCAUUAAGGCUUAUAUUGGGGACUAGGAUGUGAGUACUGAUGUGCAAUGCAGACAUCAGAUGACGAAUAGACAGGGCCAGCCCAUCCAGAGAACAAAUGGGGAAUAUUUUUCCUGGGCAGCCCAUUGCUCCCAUAACUACAGUGGCUGUUCAGUCCUCCCCAGGGACAAUGUUGCUGUAACCUCAGCCUGGUCAUUUUUAUGUAGUGAAGCUCAUUUUAAUGUAGAGAAGCAGUUUACAUCACCAUUUAAUUCCUGCCCUUUCCUGUGCCAAGAGCUAGCAGGGUCCUGUAUUAUAAAAACAACACACACACACACACACACACACACACACACACACACACAGCACUGGUAGAACACAUACCCACAAUUUUAAAAAUUCCAGACUCAACAAUUCCAAGAUCCCAGUCUAUGAAAGGCCCCCUCCCAAGACACCAGAAAACCAGCACCAGACCUGGGGCAAGCAGUCUGAGUACAGGGGACUCUUAUAGGCAGUGCCUUGGGAGGAGGACCACUGUAUGCAAACAUAAACCAGAUUUAUUCUUCUGGCCCCUGGAAAUUGCUAGCAAGAUGCACAUGGACUAUACUUGUGCAGAUGUAGCCGAUCCAGAUUAUUCCUAAGCAUGAGCUAGUCCAACUAUCUAGUCAUUAGCUAUCUAGUCAAAGCGAAAUAGUUCUGAUGCUUUGGGAGUGUGUUUUUUCCCUGAAAUGCAAAAGAGAUUAUGCUCUGUGAACCUCAGGCCCUUUGUUGUUUUGCCACAAGAAGCAAGCCUUUGAAAUGGCAUACCUUUCCAUAUGACAAGCCUAGUAGUUGCAGACAGCUCUGGACAGAAAUGGAGAUGGAGUAUGGUUAUCGGUCUGAGGGGUCCAGCUCUUGCUAAACUCCCUAGGCACUACUAUAAAAUAAAUAAUUAUUGUUCCAUGCUGGAGAAACGCCUUA